UUCAGAGCUCUAAUAAAGCAACCCUUGUGCUGCUGACUCAGCUAGCCCAAAUAGGCACACACCAGACUCACUAUAGUCAUUGUGUCUCUCAUCCAUCUCUUUCAACACCAUUUUCAGGCCUGCAAGCAAAAAGCUAGAAUGGUAAUGAUAAUAAAAAACAAGGUAUGCCAUUUAUAUAGUGCCCUACACUCUCCCCCUCCAUGCCCUCCACUGAGCAACAUUUAAGCAAGGCUCUCUUUCUCUCCAAGGGCCUUGUCUAGUUGCAUUCAUCUUCCCUUCCUCACUUCUGAAACCAUGUAUUCUUCUCAAAGAUGGAAGACCAUGGCAAUGGCUGCAGUAGUUGUGCUUCAGCUCUGGUUUUCCAUGGAGGUUGAGUCUUCUUCUUCUCAUCAUCCUGAUCACAACAUAACUAGGCUUCCAGGCCAACCCCAUGUGGACUUUCAACAUUUCUCAGGUUAUAUUACUGUGGAUGAUCAGAAGCAUAAAGCUCUAUUUUACUACUUUGUUGAAGCAGAAAUAAAUCCAGCUUCAAAGCCUUUGGUCCUCUGGUUGAAUGGAGGACCUGGUUGUUCUUCUCUUGGGGUAGGGGCAUUUUCUGAAAAUGGACCUUUUAGACCAGAUGGUGAGGUCCUGGUUAGGAAUGAGUACAGCUGGAACAGAGAGGCAAAUAUGUUGUAUUUAGAGACACCAGUUGGAGUGGGGUUCUCUUAUUCUAAAUCAAGCUCCUCCUAUGUGGCAGUGGAUGAUGAGGCAACAGCAAGGGACAAUCUUGUAUUCUUGCAACGCUGGUUCAACAAGUUCCCCCAAUACAAGCACAGGGAUCUGUUUCUAACAGGAGAAAGUUAUGCAGGUCACUACAUUCCACAACUUGCAAAUCUUAUGGUUGAAAUUAACAGAAAGGAAAAGUUGUUCAGUCUAAAAGGAAUUGCUCUGGGAAAUCCUGUUCUAGAAUUUUCCACUGACUUCAACUCAAGAGCUGAGUUCUUCUGGUCUCAUGGACUAAUAUCAGAUUCAACAUACAACAUGUUCACUUCUGUUUGUAACUAUUCGCGAUAUGUGAGUGAGUACUAUAGAGACUCAGUUUCACCUUCUUGUUCAAAAGUAAUGAGCCAAGUGAGCAGAGAAACCAGUAAAUUUGUGGACAAGUAUGAUGUUACACUUGAUGUCUGCAUUUCAUCUGUGCUCUCACAAUCAAAGGUUAUAAGCCCCAAUCAAAUGACUGAGAGGAUAGAUGUAUGUGUUGAAGACAAAAUUGUGAAUUAUUUGAACCGGAAAGACGUGCAAAAGGCUCUACAUGCUAGGCUUGUCGGAGUUCGCAGAUGGGAUGUUUGCAGCAACAUUUUGGACUAUCAAGUGCUCAACCUGGAAAUACCUACAAUCUCAUUAGUUGGAUCACUUGUCAAGGCCGGAAUCCCGGUGUUAGUUUACAGUGGAGAUCAGGAUUCUGUAAUUCCUUUGACGGGAAGCCGCACCUUGGUCUAUAGAUUGGCAAGGGAGUUGGGAUUGAACACCACUGUCCCUUACAGAGUUUGGUUCGAGGGAAAGCAGGUUGGUGGGUGGACCCAAGUGUAUGGUAACAUACUUUCAUUUGCCACCAUCAGAGGUGCCUCUCAUGAAGCUCCUUUCUCACAGCCUGAGAGAUCACUCAGGCUUUUCAAGUCAUUUCUUGAAGGCAGGCCUCUGCCUGAAGUUUUCUGAUACAUUGUUUAGGUCCAUAGUGAUUGAGUUUGCAAGUAAAUCUGCUGUGCCAUACAUGGGUGCUGAAGAUUUCUUUCAAUUUGCAAAAAGAGAAAGAGGUAGUUUUGUGUGUGUGUGUGUGUGUGUGUGUUUUGUUUUCUACUAUUUGUGAAUGUAAAUGACUCUUUGGGUUGGAAAUUUUUUGUAAAGUUCAAAGGCUUGUUGUUUCUUCAA